AGAGUCGUCACAGUAAGAAUCGCGUGACCUCUUCGUUUGUGUGCCGCCGAGGCCGUCCUCCCCCUCCUCGCACCGCCUUGGCAACAGCGCCCGACGGCCGCGGCGCCACUCCCCUCGCCCGCGCACUCCGGCUGCGGCACCAGGAAGAGUGGGAAUAACAAAAUGGCAGCCACGCGAUGGGGAAUCGCCAGCGCAGGUUUGAUUGCCAGCGACUUCGUGAGUGCUUUGAAGGCGCUUCCGGCAGAGGAGCAUCGAUUAGUUGCAGUGGCGGCGCGCUCCCUCGAAAGCGCCCGGGCCUUCAGGGACAAGCACGGCGUCGAGAAGGCUUACGAGUCGUAUGCCAAACUGGCAGAAGACCCAGAAAUAGAUGUGGUGUACGUAGGAGUGAUUCAGGUGCACCAUCUGGCCGUGGCUUCCAUGAUGCUGAAGGCAGGAAAGCACGUGCUGUGCGAGAAGCCUCUCUGCAUGAACGUCCAAGAAACGAAACAGCUGAUCGACCUAGCUAAGGAAAAGAAGGUCUUUCUCAUGGAGGCGGUGUGGUCCCGAUUCUUCCCCGUUUAUCGCGAGAUGAUGAAGAGGAUCGCAGCUGGAGAAAUCGGUGAUGUGGUUCAGGUUCUCGCUUCCUUUGGCAAGUCUGCAGAGCACGUGGAACGCCUGGUGAGGAAAGACACGGGUGGAGGCGCCACACUAGACAUGGGGAUUUACACCGUUCAGUUUGCCACGCUGGUGAUGGACGGCGACAAGCCCCUGAAGGUGCUGGCCGGAGGUCAUCUCAACCAGGAGGGCGUAGACGUGGUGACAAGCGCCACCCUCGUGUACCCGAAGGGCCGGACUGCCUCGCUCAGCACCACCAUAAGAGCUGAUCUUCCGAGCGAGGCCUUCGUCGUGGGGACGAAAGGCACGAUCAAGGUCAAUUACCCGAUGUGGUGUCCUGAAUCCUUCGAAUCGCCCUCUGGGACGUACACUGCGCCCUUGCCAGUGACAGGUCAGACCUACAACUUCAAUAACAGUCAAGGUCUCAUGUAUGAGGCAGCCGAGGUCAGGCGUUGCAUAAACGCAGGUCUGCUAGAGAGCCCAGGGAUGACUCACGGGGAGUCCAUAACCAUAGCCGAGAUCAUGGAGCAGAUGAGGGCACAGGUGGGAGUCAUUUAGAAACAGGAGAAGCAGUCCCCAUGCGCCAGACGCUUUUCCGGAAUUCUACGUCUUUGAAAGGUAUUCUCAAAUAAACUUUACAGAGA